AUGGCGCCCUCUCCGACAACUGCUGGGCGGAUAGAGGAAGCCCGGGGUCUCGCAAAGACCGACCCUGCCAAAGCUGAGAGCACCCUAAAGGAGAUCCUUGCGAAAGGUACUGGCUCCACCGAGGCCUCGUCGCGUGAUUACGAAAAUGCCCUGGUCUCGCUAGGAGAGCUCUACCGGGACCAGAAGAAGCCGCAGGAGAUCGCCGAAUUGAUCAAGGCCAGCCGUGACUCCUUCUCCUCAUUUGCUAAGGCAAAGACAGCUAAGCUGGUCCGCCAGCUGCUGGACUUGUUCAGCGAGAUUCCGAACACCCUCGAUAUCCAAGUUGCCGUUAUCAAGUCCUGCAUUGAUUGGGCCGUCGCAGAGCGGAGAUCAUUCCUUCGUCAGAACCUCGAAACUCGGCUUGUGGCCAUUUACAUGCAAAAACAAACCUACUACGAUGCUCUCACCCUCAUCAACUCUCUUCUCCGCGAGCUGAAGCGCUUGGACGACAAGCUCAUGCUGGUUGAGGUACAGCUGCUGGAGUCGCGCGUCUACCAUGCAUUAGGCAACCAGGCCAAGGCUCGUGCUGCCUUGACGGCUGCCCGUACGUCAGCCGCCUCAGUCUACACUCCUCCCAACUUGCAAGCCGGUCUGGAUAUGCAAAGCGGUAUGCUCCAUGCGGAGGACAAGGACUUCAACACGUCAUUUUCGUACUUCAUUGAGGCGCUCGAGGGAUACAGCUCUCUCGACGAGAGCGAGAAGGCCACCGCCGCUCUCCAGUACAUGUUGCUGUGCAAGAUCAUGUUGAACCUGGUGGAUGAUGUCACGAACUUGCUGGGAUCCAAGCAGGCUCAGAAGUAUGCUAGUCCGCGGUUGGAGGCCAUGAAGGCCGUGGCGCGUGCUCACGCGGACCGAUCUCUUGAACAGUAUGAGAAGGCACUGUCGGACUACAGAUUCGAAUUGGGUAGUGAUGCAUUCAUCCGCAACCACCUUCGCAGGUUGUACGAUGCCAUGUUGGAGCAGAACCUUAUCAAAGUCAUCGAGCCUUUUAGCCGAGUCGAGCUUGACCACAUUGCCAAGAUGGUAGGACUGGAUACACAGCAGGUGGAGAGAAAGCUUUCACAGAUGAUCUUGGAUAAGGUAAUCAUUGGUGUUUUAGAUCAGGGAGCAGGUUGUCUGAUUGUUUUCGAUGAGACGGAACGUGACCAGGCAUAUGAUGCUGCUCUGGAGACGAUUGCGAAGCUGAGCAAUGUGGUGGAGGAGCUGUACACUAAUCAAGCAUCGCAGCUGGACCCUUUCUUUCCCCUUUCAUAUCCCCUCUCAUCCUCGUUAUCAUCCAUGCCGCCCGCCAUGAACGCUCCGAUCCCUCCAAACUACGGCCGUGGGUUCCCACCGCAGGCCGCCCAACGAUCUCCUGCCACGCCUCGUCGCGGACCUCAGGCCCCAGUUCCAAUGGCUGCUCCGCUGCCUCAGCACGGUGUUCCUCCUCAGCUCCUCCCCAUACAACAGCGUAACAUGAUGGCCGCCAAUGCUGCUAACGAGGCCGCGCUCCGACGCAGUCGCAAGCCCACAGACAAGAACAUCCCCGAGGGCAUUGAAGAGGUGGUCAUUGGCGAGGGCGUGCAGCAGUACAAGAGCCUCCGCGAUCUUGAGAAACGCCUGGACGCGGCCAUCGUGCGCAAGAGACUCGAUAUUCAAGAUUCCAUCAGUAAGACCGUCAAGAAAUACCGCACCAUGCGCAUCUGGAUCUCCAACACGGUCGAGAACCAACCGUGGCAGAACGCCUCCGGCCAGAACGGUGCCACUAACCCCGGCUCCGGACGGUACAAGGUACGCAUCGAGGGGCGUCUACUGGAUGAUGAUAGCGACCCGACGGUGCCGGAGGACAGCGACGAGGAGGAUGCUGCAGCUGCUGCAGACGAUUCAGUCGACGCCAACGGCGACGCGAUGGAGCAGGAUGGGCAAGGCGCCACGAAGACCAAGACCAAGGCCGCGGCUUCAACUAAGCGGUCUCAGCAACGCUUCUCGCAUUUCUUCAAAUCCAUCACGAUCGACUUCGAUAGACCGGCCACGACAAACCCGGAGGACGUCAAACCCAUCACCUGGAACAAGCCGCAAUUACCACCCAACGCCGCUACCCUUCCCCCCACCGCGGACUUCGAUUCCCUCCAGUUCUCCCGCGCGUCGCAGGAGAACCUCAACGUGACGGUCAGUCUAGUGCGCGACGAGACGCCCGAGCGGUACAAACUGAGCAAGGAAUUGGCGGAGGUUCUGGACGUCGAGGAAGAAACCCGCAGUGGCAUUGUCCUCGGUAUCUGGGACUACAUCCGCGCCAUGGGGCUACAGGAAGAUGAAGAGAAGCGGCUAGUACGCUGUGACCACCGUCUACGAUCGAUCUUCGGUCGCGAUCAAAUGUUCUUCCCCCAGAUCCCCGACAGCAUCGGCCCGCACACCAGCCCCAUUGACCCCAUCAAACUCCCCUACACCAUCCGCGUCGACGCCGACUACCACAACGACCCGACCCCAACCGUCUACGACAUCCAGGUCGCCCUCGAGGACCCCCUGCGGUCCAAGAUGAUCGCCCUCACCCAGAACCCGCAGUACACGGCCGCCAUGCGCCAGAUCUCCACGCUGGACGACCAGGUCGCCCUCAUCGUGCAGGCCUUGACGCACUCGCGCGCCCGCCACUCCUUCUUCACGGCCCUGAGCAAGGACCCCGCCACCUUCCUCCGCCGCUGGGUGAACAGCCAGCGCCGAGACCUCGAGACGAUUCUCGGCGAAGCCACGAGAGGCGGCGGCGAGGACGCCAGCGGGCCUGAGUUCCGGAGAGGCGGCACCGACGGCGCCUGGGAUACCCCUGUCGCGAGAGAGGCGGUGCGCUACAUGCUUGCAAAGCCCGAGGUGGCAAUGGGGAGGGUUCAAUAA